UUGACAUUCAUAGUCUGAUUAGUCUGUACGUUGUUCCUCUAUAGUCUGUAGUUGUUCAAAAAAUUUCCUUUUCCUUGUGGCAUGGUGUCGGCAUAAGGAGCCAAGAUGCAGAUCUUCGUAAAGACCCUAACAGGGAAAACCAUCACCCUUGAGGUGGAACCCUCUGACACUAUCGAAAAUGUCAAAGCCAAGAUCCAAGAUAAGGAGGGAAUCCCUCCUGAUCAACAGAGAUUGAUCUUUGCCGGCAAGCAGUUAGAGGAUGGUCGCACACUCUCAGACUACAACAUCCAGAAAGAGUCCACACUCCACCUGGUGUUGAGGCUGCGUGGUGGUGCCAAAAAACGCAAGAAGAAGAAUUACUCCACACCUAAGAAGAUUAAGCACAAGAAGAAGAAGGUCAAGCUAGCUGUACUUAGGUUCUACAAGGUUGACGAGAACGGUAAGAUCCACCGCUUGCGUCGUGAGUGCACGGGCGAGCAGUGCGGUGCCGGCGUGUUCAUGGCCGUCAUGGAGGACAGGCACUACUGCGGCAAGUGCCACAGCACCAUGGUCUUCAAGGAUGAUGACAAAUGAACAUACAUACCCGUUACUUAGUGUAAGAUGAAGAUGUGUGGUGCUCCGACCGCUGUGUAUGAUGGAUUUGAAUAAAUCUUGACACAGUGUCAGAGUG